AUGCUGAUUCAAGGUGCGACCUUCCUCCGACCUUCCUACACGGAGACGGUCGGCCAAAUUGGGGCCACUCGAAAGCGACGACGCAGCAACGACCGCCGACGCAGCAACGCGGCCUUGGACGCCCAAGUCGUUGUUAAGACGGCGUCGAAUGGAGAAGAAUGCCGCAUGGCGACGGCCCUUUGGACGGGACUCACGGCGCUUGGCGGCGCUUCUCCCUGCCGUCGCUUGGUGAUUUUUCCGUCGCUCUACCGUCGGCGACGAGGACUCUACCGUCAGUGGCGGACGGCGACGGCUGGCGUCACUUCGACCGUCGCGCGGAUCUCUUCGCGCAAGCCUGAGAAGGUGACCGUCAGCCAGCGCACGGGUGGCGAGGACGGAUGCCGAUGCGUGGAGACCGUGGGACGAGGCACGGCGACGCUUCUUCGGUCGCGCGUGGCCUCGUGGGCGCACGACGUGUUUCGCGGGCGAGAGGCGUUCCUCACGAGGCGUGUCUCGCGGGCGAGAGGCGUGUCUCACGGCGGGACACACACGGCGCUUCUCUCUGCGCUUGGCAGCAACAUCAACGUGCCAGGUGAGGUGAAGCAAACGGCGCUGGCGGCGACAAGGUACUUCUAUUCUCGUGGUAACCAGGAGGAGCGUGAGGUGGAGCAAACGGCGCUGGCGGCGACAAGGGACUUCUUUUCUCGUGGUAACCAGGAGGAGCGUGAGGUGGAGCAAACGGCGCUGGCGGCGACAAGGGACUUCUUUUCUCGUGGUAACCAGGAGGAGCGUGAGGUGGAACAAACGGCGCUGGCGGCGACAAGGGACUUCUUUUCUCGUGGUAACCAGGAGAAGCGUGAGGUGGAGCAAACGGCGCUGGCGACGACAAGGGACAACGGCUGCAGCCUUCUUCUCUCCUUUGCAGGAACGGCGGUCCGAGAGUGGGAGCUCGCGGCGAGCAAAGGAGGUAACGCGGGAGGUGGUCCCUUGCCUGGGGAAGCGGGGAUGGGAGCUCGCAUCGCGGGGUCGUGUGGCGAGGCUUCUUCGCGGCGGGGCAUCGGAGCACGGCGCACCGCGGCUCACGGUGCUUAG